UCAUUCAAGCCGACAGUGAGAACCACACCCAUCGGCCAUGAUCAGAGCUCAGGGCGCCGCAAUGCAUGAGAGUCGGAGCAUGCAGCACAGUGAAGGCCCUGCCGCGGUGCUUGCCAUCGCCACAGCGAACCCGUCGGGCACCAUCCUGUCCCAGGAUGAAUUCGCCGACCAGUUCUUCCGCAUAGCCAAGAGCGAUCAGCUUAUUGGCCUCAAGGAAAAGCUAAAAAAAAUAUGCCAUAAAACAGGCAUAGAGAAGCGGCACUUCCACCUGAACGAAGAAAUCCUCCGUGCCCACCCGGAGUUCCUCGACAGAGCUCUUCCAUCCCUCGAUGCUCGCAUCGACAUCGUCGCAACCGAGGUCCCCAAGCUCGCAGAGUCCGCGUCGGUGAAGGCCAUCGCCGAGUGGGGACGUCCAGCCACCGACAUCACCCACCUCGUCUUCAGCACCUACUCCGGCUACCGUGCUCCGAGCGCUGACCUCCGGCUAGCCUCCCUCCUCGGCCUCCGCACUUCCGUCUGCCGCACCAUACUCAGCCUCCAUGGCUGCUACGGCGGCGCCAGGGCGCUUCACUUGGCAAAGGAGCUCGCCGAGAACAACCGCGGCGCGCGCGUCCUCGUCGCCUGCUCCGAAAUCACCCUCGUCUGCUUCACCGGUCCUGACGGGAGCAACCUCGUCGGCCAUGCUCUAUUCGGUGACGGCGCCGGCGCCGUCAUCGUCGGCGCUGGGCCCUUGGCCGCCGGCGAACGCCCAGUGUUCGAGAUGGUUUCCGCCACGCAGACGACGAUACCGGAGACGGAGUACGCGCUGGGCAUGCAAGUCUCAGAAGGCGGCUUAGAUUUCCACCUCGCCAUCCAGGUGCCGAUGCUGCUCGGACAGAACGUCGAGCAGUGUCUGCGCGACGCAUUCAGGUCGGCGGCGGCGCUGGUGGGAGACGACGACGACGGCGACGUCGAGGUGACAUGGAACGACCUCUUCUGGGCUGUGCAUCCGGGUGGCCGCCCAAUCUUGGACAAGAUAGAGGAUGUGCUUCAGCUGGAGCCUGGGAAGCUGGAGGCCAGCCGGCAAGUUCUGCGGGAGUACGGAAACAUGAGCGGCGCAACGAUAGUCUUCGUGCUAGAUGAGCUACGACGACGCCGGCGGCGGCGUAGGGAGGAGGAAGGCGACCAUGACCACCAGCUACCGGAGUUGGGGGUGAUGAUGGCCUUCGGGCCGGGAAUCACAAUCGAGACGAUGGUGCUGCGCAUCCCGAGCGACCCAAAGGGGAAUUAGCUGGUUUUAUGUACGUAUUUGUUAUUUAUUUUUAAUGUGACCCUUGUUGUUGGCAUUGCAUGCUACUAGUAAUUUGCAUGAUGUUGAAUAAUUGCUUGUUGGGACGUGUAUGUCAGUGUGACUGCUUAGUUGAAUUUCUGCAGUUUAAGUGUGUACUACGUGUGUAUUCAGUUCAGCUGUUUCAAAUAAACAGAUGUGUGUUGAAUAUAGUAUUAUAGUUAUGGUC